AUGCCUAUACAUAAACAUCGUACCGACGUUUUGCGUCUCGCUUUCGCUCCAGGGAUGUCCAGGAUGCGCAUGUGUCGGAUUGUAUGCUGCGGACACGCUCACAUAGGUCGGCGGGACAGAUUCGCGCCGGAGGGCUCUUUAUGGGAAUUUGGCUGCAUAUUUUUCAUCUAUUUCACGUCCAGUCGCGGAUGAAUUCACAUCGAUUGCGCGGAGCGCCUCCGGAUUUUUGGCUGUCGCGUAGAGUUCGUGUGUUACGGAGUUUGUUGUCGGUCACCCGAGGGUCGCACCCACUUGUGUGAUUGAUUGGAUCUCGCGAUCGUGAUCCCGGGUUGCUAUAUCUUGGAAGAGAAGAUCAACCACGUGACUGUACUUGUGGUGGUGACGGGAUUGUAGAACUGUAAACCGGUAGACUCCCCGGGGCAAAGUGUGUUGUUGAAAGUUUGGUGUGAGGCGCGGUGUUUUUGUUUUGAGUUGCCCGCUGGUGAAUUAUGCAAGCCGCUGGCGAAGGUUCCGUUUGGUCUGCUUGUAAACACUAAGGCACUGAAACACGCGGAAGAGUGCUCUACAGUUACGAGUGUGGAGUUGAAAGCUAGCCGAAAGAGCCUUGGUCCAGUUUCCUCGUCGGAACCCCGGAGAGGAGUUUUUUUUUGUUAGUGUAACGUGAAUAGCCAAACUGUUUUAUGAAACUACCGGGUGAACGCAUUGCUAAGGUGAUGAAUCUCGAAGAGCCAGCUUUCGCAGAUAACUACAUACAGGAGUUUGUGCUGGAACACCUGGAGGAUACCAAUGUGAAGCGGGAGGACACCAGCCCUACGGCAGCGAAUGCCAAGAUCUGGACGGCCGCAACCGAGGAAAAUGGCUUUAUCCCGAUUCGGCUUAAGGCCAACGGAGCCACCUGGCACGUGGAGGAGCGAAAGGUCAACUCGAUCACUCCGACGUCGGACUUCUAUCCGCACCCGACCCACGGUCAACCGGUUCUCCUUAACCCUCCGAUCGCCGGUGUUCCCUCGACCCCUCCCGAGACUCCCCCAGUGGUUGGAUCUCCCAACCAUCCAAACUCGGCCUCCUAUCCCUACUACGGCAAUCGUAUCCAGCCCGAUCAGAUGGAAAGCAUGAUGAUCGUCCCGCAGACGAUGCGCAUGGAACAACCCCUGGACCUGCGACCUUCGCACCAAUUCUCGAUUGCGACCGAGGGCGAAUGGCUGGAACGCAAGGAGUACCUUCAGGGCCACGCCUCGGCCAACGGAUUCUCCCACCACCACCACCAUGGUCAGCUAGAACACCUAAACCCAAUCCACGGCGGAUCCCACCAUCAUCUCCAUCUGCACGGCCAUCCCAACCGGCCCCACUCGGUCAGUUCCGCCGGGUCGCUUGCAUCGCCACGCCACGGAACCAGCGCCGGAAGCUGCUACACCAGCAGCAACAGCAGUGAUGGCGUCCUCAACGACGAAAUGCUCAUGUCCCUGUCCGUACGGGAACUCAACAAGCGACUGCACGGCUGCCCACGUGACCAGGUCGUGCGCCUCAAGCAAAAGAGACGAACUCUGAAAAACCGCGGAUACGCCCAAAACUGUCGCUCCAAGAGACUCCAGCAACGCCACGACCUGGAGAUCACCAACCGCCAACUCCAGAGCGAAAUGCACCACAUGAAGAUGGAGAUCGCCCUCAUCAAGCAGGAACGGGACGAGCUCAAGCUCAAACUACGCGACCAAGCGGCCAUCCUGCAGUCCCAGCACCACCCGGGCCAGCAUCAGUCCCAACAACCCCAACCUCGCCAGUCCGGCAACGGAACAUCCAAGCAGCAGCUCAUCAACGACAGCACCAGCUCGCCCGAGUACUACGUAUGACGCCAGAUUGGGGGCCAACAACCGUGGAUCGGACGUUACGCUUCCUAAUCAGCAGCAGCAGCACCGGCUGUCGAAACGCUGAACAACGACGUGUGUGUACAUAAAAAGACUGGAUCUGUGCGGGCGCAAUGUUAUGACAGACGCUACUUAUACGAAGUUCGUAAUUUCACUCAAGGAUUAAUCGUGACCAGACAAAACUCUAAAUUGUGAACAAACUAGCACUCUGUUAGGGCUUUAGUUGAAGCAACUUCAUUUGUUAACACUUUCAUUUCUGCAAUGGAAAAGAUUUAUUAAACUCUAUGAUCGUUUUA